AUGCUCCUACCAGAGUCUACCCUCUUCUUCCUCUGCGAUGUCCAGACCAAAUUCAAGCCAGCUAUACAUGGCUAUCAGCAUGUUGUCGCCACCGCAGGCAAGAUGAUCACCCUUGCAACAUUGCUCGAAAUUCCCGUCAUAUGUACUACCCAGAACGCCAAAGCGCUCGGUCCUACAGAUCCCGCCAUCGACCUCCAGUCUCUCGGGCCUCUUUUGCUCGGCACCUUUGACAAGACUCUCUUUUCUAUGGUCGUCCCAGAGGUUCAGGACAUCUUAGCGUCGCGUCAGGUCUCAUCUAUCGUCAUCUUCGGCAUCGAAUCCCACGUUUGUGUUCUCCAGACGGUCCUGUCUCUUCUCUCCCUUGGAAAAUAUACCGUAUACAUCGUCGCCGAUGGCGUAUCGUCUUGCAACUCUUUCGAGGUUCCCAUAGCACUCGACCGCAUGCGCACAGAAGGUGCCAAAAUAGGCACCAGUGAAAGCAUUGCUUUCCAGCUCAUGCGCGAUGCUUCAUCGCCCAAGUUUAAAGCCUUCAGCAAAUUCAUCAAAGAAGUCAAAGAAUCUACUAAAGUUUCAGGCACAGCCCUCCUGCAAGGACGUGUCUCACCGAGCCCUAGUCGGGAUGCAGAAGUCGCCAGCGGUGGAGUCGUUAUCAAGAGUGCUAUGUAG